CAGCUCAGUCUCGAUGGUUCCGGCACGCACCUCCAUCCCGCCGGCAUCUCCCGUCCUAUUCGCGCCCCCGAGAGCCACCGAAUCCAGCACAAGCCCCACGUGGGAAGAGUAUCUGGCUAGCAGCAACACAUUCACUCUCCCGGUCCACGCGCCUUUCGGAGACAACCCAACCGAGCCACGACCAUCGUCGUAUCCUUCGAUGUCCGUCUACACUUCAACGUCAGCGUCCAAUGGCCACUCACCACCUUAUUCAGCCCACGUGGUCUUCUCUGCUCCACCCGAACGUCGUCUCCUUCCAGCGCCGAUCCAUAAGCGUAAAAUGUCACCAGGUCCAUGCCAAACGCUGCCGUCGCCCCCGCUCUCGGCCAUUCGACCCGCUCUGAAGAGAGCAGCAAGAGGUGAAAUUCCUAUUGGAACUCAGGUGGGACGCUGGACCAAGAGAGAGCACGAGUUGUUCCUCGAAGGCCUGCAACGCUUUGGCAGGUCCUGGAAGAAGAUCUCCAGUCUUGUCCACACCCGUACACUGGUACAGAUCCGUACCCACGCUCAAAAGUAUCUCCAGAAGCAGUCCCGCGCAGCGAUUAAGCCCGACGCAACUGCGACAGAGUCUCAGCAACACUCGCGAGUAGCUCCCAGUCCUCUGGACUACUCAAGUUCUCUGUCACAACCCGCACCUCAGCUAAAUCGACUGGAUCAACUACUUCAAGACGACAGCGCCCUACCAGCCUUCGUGGACGAGUACUACACCAGUCCUACCGGUAUCGAAGACGAUCUACUGCGACCAUUGCUCAACGGCGAGCAAUGGCAGCUCUAA